CGACGGAAUCGCGAAGCAUCUUGUGAAAAUGUGUGACUUGUGAUCCUCACACAUAGUAAAGACAUUGCUCAAGAUGAAGAGGGGAACCUUGGCCUUUUUGGGUCGGAAGGACCAGUCUCUCUUCGACACCAGCAUCAAAAUGAGGGAAAUGGAUAAUGUGGAUCUCGUGCUGAACUCGCCAACGUCUUCAGAGUCGGGUAUUGCCAGCGUGCGCGCUAGACCCACUGUCAAGCAUUACACUUCAUCCGAGAGUUUUCAAGGGUUUGCUGUUCCAACACCGAGAGUACCGGUCCUCCCCACUAUCAGUGGUCCAAAGAUCAACGGUGCAGUGAAUGGAGACCGGUUGUCUUAUGGCUUAGAGGAAGAAAUAUUGGUUCCCCCUCCUCCCUCUAUGGCCCCUCCCCCGCCACCAGAGACAUUUAUCCUCCCUCCACCAGACUUCAUGGGUUACCUCAGCAGUUUAGAGAUGGCUGCCCUUCAGCCUCCCCCUACAGUUGCUCCAAAGCCACCCCUCAAGGAAGAUAAAAAUCGCCGUAUCACAAAAUCCCAACCAAUGACCCCACCGAAGCCUCCGUCAACAGGUUCCAAUAGCUCUGCAUCUUCUACCCCCAUUUCAAAACCGUCCCCAGCUAAAGUUCCCAAACAUCCAAAUUUUGCCCCACCGCCUCCCCCUGGUAAAGAGCAGCAGAAGACCCACAAGACUCCUCCUCCGAAACCUAUUCGACUCUCAUCUAUGGCCAACCUCGACUCCCCACCGCAGAUUCCUGCCCCACCUCCCCCUGUGCAGACUCCUACACAGUCAACCUUCAAUCCCCAAAACACAGCGAAGCUUAACAAUGUUUCCAACACCUCGAUCCUUAAGGGCUAUGUGGAACAAGAUUCCAGACCCAAGCAGAUGUUACUCCUGGAAGAUACUGGGUCCGCUUCGCCAGUACAAAUGUUGGUCCCCGUCAAUGGGAAUAUCCCCAAGCAGACGCCAACCAAGCCAAUUCGCAAAGAUCCACUUCAUCACAAAGACAAUUUACAAACCACACCAACCAAGCCAAUUCGCAAAGAUCCACUGCACCAUAAAGAGAAUUUACAAACCGCACAUCUCUCACCGACCAAGCCAAUUCGCAAAGAUCCGCUGCAUCACAGAGAGAAUUUUCAAAGUACACACCUCUCUCAGGCACCUCUACACGAGCCACCCAAAUCAAUUCCCUCUGAUGGUUUUUAUCACAAAGAGAAUAUCCAAAGUAUUCUGCCCUCACGCUUACCCUUGCCUGAGGCGAACACAAAGGCUGAUCCAGUAACAAUGUCAGUCCAGAAUGAAACUGUCAAACCACUCAGAGUGUCAUACCAAAUACCAAGAAAGCUUCAGACAGGGAACAAAACUCUACUGACUUCUGAGGAUAUCCAAGGGAAACCUGGUCCAAAACCCGCCGGUAAAUUGGGUCCAUUAGUCGGUCAUAAAUUACACAACAGUGGCGAAAGCAAUGCGGCUCAAGAGGCUCCUGCAGCUUCUCCAUUUUCUCUCCUCAUGGCGGCUAAGGAAAGGGAUAAGAAUAAGGGCUUUCAGUCUCAUGAAAUUGGGAACAUGAACAAUGACCAGCGGAGAGAAAGCUUUCAGAAAAUUAAUUCUACUACUCCCCAAACUUUGCCGCCAAUGUCAAGAGCCCUCUCAAGCUCUUCUCUCCUUCAUCAGGAACACGUACAACCAAGUCCAACACCCGUCAGUCCCGUGCAGUAUUGGGAAACAAAAUCAGCAACCAUUGCACGGAUGAGUGACGGACCAACAUACCGUUUGACAGAACCGCCUUCAUCUACAGACAUGAGCAACCGACUCGUGCAGAGGAAUGAUUCCUACAUUAAAUCUGGAGGGAACAAGGAACACUUAAGUAUGCUUUUACUCCCUCCACCUCCAGAAUUCGAGGAUUGCCAUAGCGUUAUGGAGUCCCCUAUUUCCGCUUGUCCUCCAAACACCUUCUCAAGAAUGGCACCACAAACAAGUCUAAACUGUAUUCUACUUGGUCAGAUUCCACCUUCAGUGGUACCCAAAACCUCAAAACACCAAUCUCUGAAUGCCGCCAUCCAACCGAAGCCGCAAUUCCAGACUACUUCUAUGGUAAAUCCCGCACAGCCGCCAACGCCUCUGUCGCCAAGCCAGUCUACGCUUGUGAGCAUCUUACAAAGAAAGAUGCUGGAGAUGGACCAUAAAAUGACCGCCACGAAUGAGGCAGACCAUAACGCCGAAGACUGGAGUGUCCCACUCUCUGAGGACGUCAGAGUCCCUGUCAUCCCAAAGUCCACGUCGCAGGCCAAAAGUGUUUCUAUCGUGACCAACCAAACGCCAACCCACCACAAGCAGGAUGGCAAAGCGGUGAGAAAAUUUCCGGACGUUAACAGCAAUGAACUGCAGUCAAGCCAUCAAUAUGGAAUGACGUAUCGAAUUCGGCCCGGAUCCAAACAACCCAUUACGCUUAUUAGAAAAGGGCCAUCAUGAGUAAACGGGUUUGGUCUUCCUUUGUUAUGUAUACGGUCAAUUUUGCCCACGAACUGCAAGGGUAGUUUCGUUUCAAGCCACUGUUCAAUCAAACCUCUGCUUUAAUAAAUUCACAUUUGUUAUCAGAUGUUGUUAGAAGCAAAACAAACAAAGUGAUUGUGUCGCACUAAAUGCUAUCAGAAGUGAAGUUAUUAAAUCAGAAGGCACUGAUCAACGAAUAUUAGCACAGAUGCUAGUGCUAACAAGUUGGUCCAGGCUAGUCGUAUAGCUUUUCCAGGGAUGCCAUGACAAUGACCCUAUUCUAAUUUUUACAGGAUUUCAAAGCUAGUUUACAAUCAAGUUCUCAGUAUUUGGCACGUUGUUGGUCAAGAUUGGUAGCAUAAACUCGAUUUAUGGAAUAAAAAGUCAAGUCAAUAAAAAUUUAGCAGAGAAUAGACAAACAGAAACAGAAAUAAAGCUGUGACUGUUUAGCUUAGUGACAUGCAGCAGUUGACAGCUUGGCAUACUUUUAUCUAAAACAGCACUGGCUUGACCCAAAAUUAGUCUCAAGGCUGGCUAGCAUGGUGGGAGUCUGCAAAAAUCGAUAUUUCUGUCAUUGCUAUGUUGACUAUAAUCACACGGUACCAAUCAACCAAUAUCCAUUGUAUAUUUUGUAAAUGUGUUACUUAAGAGUAGUUAUGUGCUACAGGGUCAGAAUGUAACAGGUUUUCUAAUGUUGCUAAGCAUUAGAGAUCAACUAUCAACAAUGUGUUCAGGACAAACACAAACGUAUGGGCUGGAGCGAGAGCUGCUCAAGGGUGAUUUGUGAAAGUCAUAACUCCCGAAUUUUCCUUGACAAAUGUUCAGGCUUCUUGCCUUGAUUCGCUAUGAAUGUGACUUUGUUCCUCCCACCGGUCUUGUUGCAGCCAAACGACAUGCAGUAAAUUCACAAUUUGUUUUUUACAUCAGCCAUCAGAUUUAUGUUGAUUGUUCAUGGCAAAUUUUGUCAGAAAUCUUGAAUGUAAAUUUGAAUUGCUUGCAAUUAUGUUCAAUUGCUUGAAGUGAAAUUAAGCACAUCACAUACAGUACACCCAAACUGUAAUCUUCAUUCACUGUUAAAGUAUGUCAUGUAGGGUCUUUCCAAUCAGAUUGCAAUGUGCAGAUGUUUGCUUUGUAUUAUCUCUUAUUGUUAUCAAUGAAGGAUGUUUUAUUUUUAUAGUAUGCAGUAAAAGCUCAAAUGUACUAGUACUGACAUGCAGCAAUAUUAUAUUUGUACAUAUAUUUAUAUAUGUUAAGAGUAUGAUUGAAGUAGUCAUCACCUAAGCAAAUUUGAUUGACAUAUCUCACCAAUCUGAAUCUGGUUAAUAAAUUCAAAUUGAUCAGAAAUCUUCAAAA